CCUGCCCGGCGAGCCGUGCUGACAACGCAUAGUGUACACAUAACGUAUCUACGAUGAACGCGCUUUCCUGAGAACACGUUAGAUUUCGUUCGACUAAGAUCACGUUUCUUGGUUUUCAAAAUUUCGGGGCUUGAUCGACCUUUUACAAUGGCAAAAAAAAUGUUGAAGUUGCCAAGCAUCGAGAACGGAGCAUAGUAUUAAAGGCAUCCACAGAAAGGUGAUUCCCUCGCGUCUUCGAGAAACGGAAGACACGCUAACGUUUUCCAAAAUAUGAACACGGCAAUAAUCCUCAACCAAUCGCGAGUUUUUCAAAGCAACGAAUGGAAAGAUGCGGGUCGUUACCCCGCCGUGUUCCCAUCUGGUUACCACCUACCCAUUCAGAACUUACUACCCAUAACAAGCCUGAAGCAACUUACUUUGGGAAAACCGGACAAUUCCUGGCCAUUUCAGAAUGAGGUUUAUUCACCCCAGAUUCCAGUGUUACCAGUCUUCAGUCCUUUCGGCGUAGCACUCGCAUCGUCCAAGCCACGGCACACGACCAGUUCUAUUCUACCAAACCGACGUAAUCCUCAUCAAAGGCUUGUCUCUUCGAAUGCACAAGGACUUGGUGCGUCUGUCACAAAGACUACAACUAAAAUUGCAGAAGUACAGGACCGGCAAGUGACAAGAGUUCCAGCGUCUUCAAAUGCCUCGGAAGUUAUUCCAAUUCAGAGAAUUUCGAAGCGAAGAUUUCCGCAUACAAUUCCCUCGAGAAAACGAUCAUCCUCGUGGCCCUCCGGAUCCGGGAUAACCGAAAAGAAACCGAAGGACGGGCUAGCCAAGGAUGACCAGAUCAUCGAGGAAUACGAAAAUAUGGAGAUGGAUGUGGCGCGUAUCCUGAUAAGUGAUAUUCCUUUUCCUGUUGUUAGUGUUAGUGUCAGUGAGAGACCUCCCAGAGUGCAGCAGACCGUUGUUUCUAACAUAGGAAGACUGGAGACUAAUACGAUAAAUCACAGCGAGAGUCCCGGGGCGAGAGCAGCGACAGAGGCAUGGAAGGAAGUUAACAAUCAAUGCGAGAGGAUACUGGAACCAAGCAAAGAAACGAUGAGCGAUGGAACACUUAUCGAUACCAGAGUGAAGAGAAAAGGGAAUGGGUCCAACCCGCCGGAUGGGGGAACAUCAGAGCCAAUCAAACAAGUGAACAGUUCUCCUCUUCGGAAUGGAUUAUUGCAGGAAAUUGGGAAUGAUUUGGAUCAGUUGAAUGCACAGAACAUGGGAGUACAGGAGUUCAGAGAAGUAGCCUGGUCAGGUGUGGGAACCGGGGGAGUGGAAGAACCAAAACCCAAAGAACAAGUGACAAAAUCACCCUUGGGGAACGUGGCUUCAACAGAGACGGCAAAAGAGUUAGGAAUACCAAAACUGUGGAGUGGGGGAAUGCCAGGGACUGAUUGGCAAGGAAACAGUUCGCCUUUGGGGAGAGGGGUUAUGGUAAAGAAAAUCGUGGCAAAUGAAUGGGGUGCCAACGGAAUAGCAAAGAGUUCCGUACUCGUAACUGCAAAAACAAAGGAACCUAGUGGAAACACUUCCCCCCUGGAGAGUGGGGGGAAACUAGAGGCGGGUACCCAAGACAGCAAAGCUGUAACAAGUGGCGGGGCGUUGGAGUCGAAUAGCCACACCGUCACUGAAAGCUCGAUCCAUUUCAAACCAAACAAAGUUGUCUUCACUUGUCAACAGUGUAUCGUUACCUUCGAGUCUACCAGUGACCUCAUCGCGCACACCGCUAGCCACACCAGUAGCAACUUUACGUUCAAGUGUGACGUUUGUACCCAGGUCUUUCGAAGCACCAACGGCUUACAGAAGCACAUCGAAUUCCACGCAGAUCAUCGGAACAACUUUCAAUGUAGUUUCUGCUUCAAACCCUUCCCUGAUCGCGACAAUUUGGAGGAACACGUCAUCACGUCUCAUAUGAGCAAGCGACCUCAUAAGUGCUCACAUUGUCUCAAGGCUUUCCGAGAUCCGGGCUCCCUCCAAAAACAUAUCAGAAUCCACACAGGGGAGCGUCCUUAUAAAUGUCCAGCUUGUGACAAGUCGUUUGCCGAGUACAGUUCACUUCGCAAGCACAAUCGUGUCCACACUGGGGAACAACCAUACAAAUGUCAAUAUUGUCCGAAAGCAUUCUCGAUUUCCGGGAAUCUACAGCGGCAUAUUUUGAUCCACACUGGAGAACGACCUUACAAGUGCAGCGAAUGCAGCAAGACUUUCAACAAUCCCAGUCAUUUGAGAAGACACGAGAAGAAUUUACACUCCAAAUUGGAAGGUGAAAAGUAACAAUUAUUACAGUAAGUGUUUGUGCACUGUUCUUAAAAGUAGCUGUGUUUUGAAGGUGGAUUUUAGUGUUGUGUCGUACGCAUAUGAUGGUCAAAUUCAUAGAAAAAGAACAUGGAAAAAGAAAACCUAAGACUUAUCCAUAAGACUAGAAAGCCUAAGAUCAUUGUAUAAAUUCUCUUGGAAAGACCAUAGAUCACUAGAUUAUCAAUCUAUUAGAAAUUGACCAUUUUGAUCUACACACAAGGCGCUGAAAUCCACCGAGAUCCAGUUUACAGCAAAGUGUUUUUUGAUAUUACAAUCUUUCCAUUUAAUUGUGAUAGUUAUCAUCCGAGAUUAACUGUUAAACUAAUCUUUACUAAUUGACUGAUUGUCAAUAGUCUUCAGUUCAUAUUGAAAUAUUAUAUUUAUAUAAUAGUACUAUAGUAUGGCGCGGUUUUUGAGCUCCACAAAAACCAUUUAUAUCGUAGUUUAGUUCUAGUAAAAUAGUACACACAAUCGACAAAUAAAUAAUGGGAAAUCGUGGAAGAUAGAGAGCAUGAUAUAAGCUUAUCUACUACAGCUAGUAGCAUUGCAUUUAAUUCGUGUAUACAAUACAUAGUAUACAUAGAGAUCUUAAGAUUUAUGAGACCAAACGAUCAGCUAUAAGCUUGCAAGUUUUAAACAUCCUUCAAAUCGCAAAUUCUCACGACUCUGUCCUCAACAUUUUGAUUGUUCUACUAAAUUAACGAUUAAAAAUCUACCAUAAUUUCCCAUCGUUUAUUUGAAAGAUUAUAUUUUUGCUGUCAUCUUUACGUUGCUGUCCUAAAUCUUAAGCUCCCCCCCCCUUCCCCUCAGACAAACACGAGUACCUCUUGAAUAACACCUAAUAUUAACCACCCCUCUCUCUAAGUACCUCUUAUUAUUACUAAGUAAUAAUCUUCGUGUUUUAAAGAAUUAUGAUUUGUGAUUUAACUAACGUUUUGAGAUAGUCAUGUUAAGCAUGAGCAUGCGCAACUCAAUUUUGGGUUCGGGUCCAAAUGGACCUUUUGCACUAUUUUCGACGCCAUCUUGAAUCAAGAUGCAUCUUGGUCAAUCGAGGACACAGAGUGAAGUUCGGUUCCGCCGAAAGGAUUGAGACUUUUGAUUGACCUUAACAUCGCGCCGAUGUUGUAUUGUAUAAUUAUUUUAAUUUCAUCAGAAAGUAAGAUUUAUAUUGUAAUCAUGUUUUAAGAAAUAUUGAGUCAUUAAACCAAAUCAAGGCAUUGAAAUAAUACCAACUAUUAUAUAGUAUUUUUAUCGUUUAUCUCUUUAUAAACGCAAUAGACACGUAAAAUUAGAUUAGUUUUAGCAAAAUGAUCAUUCAAACGGGGUUUAUUCAGGUAUACGCCUCGCUCGUUCCCAAGGUUUUCUAUGAACGAGCGUACCAGUAAAAGAUCAGAGCUAUCGUCAGCCAGCAUCUGACUAUAAGUUUUCUUACAGGACAUUUUCAAGUUAGACGAUUUACUAGCUAAAACAUUUCAUUUUUGUCAGAAAAUUAUACAAUGCCGGAUAUUGUCAUACUGAUAUGGCAUUCCUCAGGAAAAUUCCUUUAGCAAAGCCCUUAAAGGCAUGUCAUUCACUUAAAAAAAUACUGAUUACUGAGUCAAGAAAAUCACUUCAAGUCUUUUCAAGAUAUUAAUCCAAUGAUGUAAGUGGUGUGCAAUAAAUCACAAUAUUCAGAUAUGAACUUUGGCGUUUUUCAUCGAAGUAAUCGGCCAAAAUUCAUGGCAAUCUAGAAGAUGAAAAAAAGUGAUUUGUUUACACCACAAACAUGGAGCUCAUUGGAAAUACAUCAUAAACUGAACUGAAUAAACCCCGGUUAUGUUAGAAUUUAAAAUAAUGCGCCUUAGUUGAGUAAUUUAUAGCAUAAUUUAGUGUAACCAUGCCUUAAUCAAGUAUUACCAAGCGAUUGCAUUAAUUUGAGAGUGUCAUGGCGGGUGUAUGUAUAUAAGAAGUGUCUUUAAUUAAGAACUCGUAUUGCUUGAGAAACUGAAUGUUUGCAUUACACAAAGAAAAACAUCGCAGAACAUUUAGUGUUGAACUUGUACUCAACACUGACUUCAUGAUCAUGUAUUGCAUGACUUGCUCUUUUAAAACACUGAGUGUGUAAAUGUGUUCAAGCGUUUCGACAUAGUAUGUGCAUUCUGAUACUAAAAUUGUUGCAUGGAAAUGACUUGAGUUGUAGCUAUACACAGUCGUUGGAUGUACACGAAGUUAUAUAGUUCUGAGUUGUAGACUUAAGUUUGUAGUAAGAUUUAUUGUAGUUGAAUUUUUAGUUACCACAUUGGUAAAUACGUGCAUGAUAGAAACGACCAUUUAGUGUCGUGUCUUUACAAGCGUACGAGGCGGUUGGUGAUGUGGACAGGCCGCACGCUUUGAGUUUUUAUUUUUUUCAGCUAUGCUGAUGUAUGCAUGCUAUGUAGACAUAUUGAACUGAAUUGCAAUAUUAGUUAGACUGGAGACUGUGGAACUUACUCUAUAUCUUUUGAUAUUGAAACUUCAGUCAUUGUUAGUAUUAUACAUGUAAGAAGAAUAACGCGGUUUCCACUUGUGGAAAAUAAGCAACAUAUUUAUCCUCGGGUGGAUUUGAAUCCAAAUGCUCACGAAAAAUAAAUGUGUUUAAAAU